AUGAAGACUUCAACUUUCCGAAUCGCUCGAGGAGCCGCUGCGGGCCUUCAAAAGCGAGCCUAUACGAAGGCUACGACGGCACCACGGCAUCUUAUGACAAUUGCUGAUCUCACUCCUACUGAGUUCGCAAACCUCGUUCGUGAUGCUAACACUCGGAAAAUCGCCGUCAAGGGUGGAGCUCCUGCUAGCUACCUGAAUGCUGGUCUUGCUGGUAAGACUGUAGCUAUGAUGUUCAGCAAGCGCAGUACUCGUACCCGAGUUUCUACUGAAGCUGCCGUCACAAUGCUCGGUGGUCAUCCUAUGUUUCUGGGCAAGGACGACAUUCAGUUGGGUGUCAUUUCAUCCAUGACCUCCUGUAUGGUUGCCCGCGUUGGCCCUCAUUCUGAUGUCGCUACUCUGGCCAAGCACUCAAGUGUCCCUGUCAUAAAUGCUCUGUCUGAUGACUUUCACCCUCUUCAGACUAUUGCCGACUUCCUGACUCUUGCUGAGACUUUCCCUGCAUCUACUUCUAAGGGGGCUACUCUGGGUCUGAAUGGCCUCAAGGUUGCCUGGGUUGGCGAUGCUAACAACGUUCUUUUCGAUCUUGCCAUUGGCUGCGUCAAGAUGGGUGUUGACAUUUCAGUCGCUGCUCCCAAAGGAUAUGAGAUCCCCGACGCUAUGAGGCAGCUCAUCACCUCCGCCGGUGACGGCCUUUCCUCGCCCGGCAAGCUUAUCGAGACAAAUGUUCCCGAGGAGGCCGUUAAGGAUGCCAAUGUUCUGGUCACGGAUACCUGGGUCUCCAUGGGCCAAGAAGCUGAUACCCAGAAGCGUCUCAAGGACUUUGCUGGAUUCCAAAUCACUAAUGACCUAGCUAAGCGAGGAGGUGCCAAGGCUGACUGGAAGUUUAUGCACUGCUUGCCCCGCCACCCUGAGGAGGUUGCCGACGAGGUCUUCUACAGCCCUCGAUCUCUGGUUUUCCCCGAAGCCGAGAACCGCCUUUGGGCUGCUCUUUCCGCUCUUGAAGGCUUCGUUGUGAACAAGGGUAAGUUUUAA